ACUUGGUCAUUGAAUUGGAUAGUACAGCAGUACAAGGGACUCAAUUUAAUAUAGUAUACAAUAUAUACAUAUACACAAUUCAGCAUAGAUCUAGUUUGGUAAAGUUGUAAAUAGAUGAAACAAUAGUGGCAUUUUCAUCAUUCAAUCUUUAUAUAAAGGCCAAUUGCCACAUUCUCAAGUAUUCAGACCAAAACUUCAAAAUUUCAACUUCAACAAAGACAGCAACAACUAACCAUGGCUAUGGCUUUUAAGAUGGCGACCACUGGAAUGUGGGUAACCGAUGAGUGCAAGAACUCAUUCAUGGAGAUGAAAUGGAAGAAGGUACACAGGUACAUAGUGUUCAAGAUCGAAGAGAAAUCAAGGCUCGUCACCGUCGAUAAGGUCGGUGGUCCCGGCGAGAGCUACGAUGAUCUAGCUGCAUCUUUGCCUACCGAUGACUGUAGAUAUGCCGUGUUUGACUUCGAUUUUGUGACUGUCGACAAUUGCCGAAAGAGCAAAAUCUUCUUUAUUGCCUGGUCUCCAACAGCUUCAAGGAUUAGAGCAAAAAUGCUUUAUGCAACUUCUAAAGCUGGGCUGAGAAGAGCUCUAGAUGGAGUCCACUAUGAAGUUCAGGCCACUGAUCCAACUGAGAUGGCAAUGGAUGUGAUUCAGGACAGGGCAAACUAGAUUGUAAUUAUACAAAGCUUAUAAUCUUAUGUUGCUUCUUACCUCUGCUUAAUUAAUAAUUCCAUACAAGGGCUGUGCUUUUUCCUUUUUCUUUUUACUUUUGUACCCUUUUCAAAGAGUUUUGGUACUAAUGUAAGUUAAUUUCUCUAAUUUUGUAAUAAUAAGUAAAUUAUCAUGAA